CUAUCACCACAGCACAACCCCCUCAGCAGUUCCGACCAGGAUGUUGGACCCUUUGCACUUGAGCAGCUUACCAGACAGAAACUCUUAGAUUUCAUCGUUCAGGAUAUUGUUUGUAACAAUCAUGCUGUUCACCAAAUAUCUGCUUUUCUCUUUGCUGGUGGUAGAAGUGCAGUUAUUUUUGCACCAACUUGAGUCGUUCCUGUUUGUGAACAUUAAUGAUACAGCGAAGAUCCAGUGCUCUUCCAAAGAACAAUUUUUAGCAGGAAGUAUAACAGCUCAGUGGUACAGGAGACGGGAAGGUGAGGCCCCCAUGUUAAUUAAGAGAUGCUCAGAUAAUCAAAAUGUAAAUAAAGUUGCUUGCAUAUCGGAAGGACACAACUUGACACUGGAAAUCUACAAUGCCCAACGGAAUGACUCGGGGGUUUAUUACUGUACCAGUUCCUACAUCAUCUUGACUUUUGGCAAUGGAUCCACCCUGAUUGUUGGAGACAGUUACACCAGCAGCAGUUGGGUGCUGACUCUGGCUCCAUCUCCCCACGGCCUCCUCUCCCCCAGGAUGGCUGAUCUGGCUUGCAUGGUCCACGGAGUUUCCAACCCAGUCCAAAUUUCCUGGAGUUUUUCUGGGGAUCUGCAGGAACAGGGUCUGAUGCAUUCGCUGAAAGCAAAGGAUGGCUCCUUUGUGUUCAUAAAUCACAUCAGCGUCCCCAUGGACACCUGGACCAGUGGGAAGAAUUUCACCUGUGAUGUUAAAUUCAACUCUUCUGGCACGAGCGUUAAGAAAAUUGCCCAGUAUAUUGAAGCUUCCUCCACAGCCCCUGCCAGGGAGUGCUCACAUUACAUUGUGCCCCUUGCGGCUGGAGCUGGUCUGCUGCUGCUGGUGGUGUCUCUGAGCCUCGUCUGGACCCUCUGCCCUUCUGCACUAGGAUUCCAGCCCAGGGUCUCAGCACCCCCAGCUUCCGAGGAGCCCCAGGGUGGAAUCUUAUACGCUCAUCUGGAUUUUGAUUCACGGAAUCACAACGGGCGCACGAUGCAGCGACCGGCCAGAGGGAAAUGUGUAAAACCCUGAACUGUCAAGUGCAGGGAAAUCCACAUGUGGGAACCGAUGGCUGGUUCUCUGCUGAUUGGACAUAGCAGCUGGAAGAAGCCUCUGUUUGUCUCCAUCUCCUUUCUUUUUGUAUUUUUUCCACUUCUCUGUUUAGAAUAAAAAGCUCAGAAGAUCCCCACAGGGUCCAGCCUCAUCAGGUGGGAAAUCUCCUUUUGGGGUAUAAAGGCAUCAUGGUGUAGAUGACUUUACACAUCACUUGUGUAUUAGAUUGGAAGCUCUUUGGGGCAGGGAGUGUCUCUUUGUCUUAUGUUUUGUGCAACGUCUAGCACAGAGAGGCUCUGGUCCAUAACUGGGGCUCCUGGGUGCUAUGGUAAUACAAUCAUCAUCAUCAUCAUCAUCAUCCUCCCUCUCUCUGCAGAGGGACAUGGACACAGCUGAACGGCUGCAGCUUCCCUGCACAAAGAGUGAGGCUAGAUGGCAGAAGCCAGCAGAGGGGACGUGCAGCCCCUGUCUACGCCACAGCUCCCAACUCCCCUGAUCCUCAGCAGGCGCAUGCUCCCUUUGCAGUAAGGUUACAUGGACGUGCCGUGGGAUUGGGAAGGGGAAGGAUGGAUGCGGGAGGAGCUGGGAGGGAUGAGAAUCUCUUCCCAGGCCACGGCGGGAGCUGCUACUCCAGUGCUUCCUCUGCAGGCUGCUGCUUUCCCCCAUGGGCGAGAUUCACAGAGCCCCAUGGGCCAGCCCCUCUGCGCCAUCUAACGAGAACAACACGUUAUCGGUGACUGGAGCUCUCCUAGGCCCUGAGCCUGCACGCGCUGCCUGUUUACAUCACAACUUGUUGUUCAAGCUGUCAUUCGAACUGUCACUCAUUAAAAACAGACGGCAACCCCACUAGUGAUGUUUGUUUUGCCUCUUUUACCUGUUCAAUGCAUCAAUCUCACUUUGUUGUAUAAUAAGAACGGUGACCUCUUAAAUUCUUUGGGCCCAAUUCUGCUCUGGUUUACAGCAGUGUAAAUCUGUAGGAGCUCUGUUGCACUCACUGGAGUUACUCCAAAUUUAUUCCGGUGUCUCUGAGAGCAGAA